AUGUAUGGAGCUGUUAGCGAUUCCACAGGGAACAAAACUGAUCCCAGUGCCAUCUUUAGCCAUGAUCACCAUUCAGAACCUCAAUCAAGAAACCUUCAAGAUGGAUUGAGUGCGGCAUUUGCUGGCACUGUUUCAAGUUCUGGAGCAGCUAAUUUAGACUAUGCUAACUAUGCAACUCCAACUGCAACUGCUAGAUACCCGAACAAUGAUUCAUAUGGAUAUAGAAACAUAGGAUAUGCAGAUUAUAAUAAACAAUGGACAAAUUAUUAUAGCCAAACUGAAGUCACAUGUGCUCCUGGGACAAAAAAUGUAUAUUAUACAAGUGCACCCAAUCUGGUGUCUCCUGUUCCUGUUGUUGACAAUGCUUAUUCUGCUCCAAACAGCCAACAAGUGGCAUCUACUGCUCUAGUCCCAUCAUCUUGGAAGCCAGAAUCUGGCUUAUUUGAGUUACCCUCAGUACAAGGUCCUAUAGUCAUGGCUGCUCAUCAGAUAUGUUUGCAAGUUUGGUUGUUUGUUUCUCUUAUUAUAGAUGCAUUGGCAGCAUCUGGUCAGGCGUUGAUUGCUAGUUCGGUUUCAAAAGGUGAUUAUAGAUCCGUGAAGGAUAUCACAUACUUCAUGUUGACUGAAAUGUUAUUACCCCCUUUAUUCACUAAUAUAUUAUCCUUUGUGGAAGACAAUAGAAAGACAAAAUGGUGUUGUGACUAUGUUGUGGACUUCAAUGUUGGUGGUGGAACAUUUGAUGUUACCUGUGGUUGCUCAUAUAGCUUUUGCUGGAAUCUAAUUCAAAACCAUGUGUCAAAUGCAAGCGACCAAUUGAAAAGAACCAAGGCUGUAUGCAUAUUACAUGUACUCCGCCUUGCAAAUUUGAAUUCUGCUCGUGGUUUUUAUGCAUGCAACCGUUAUGAGGCAGCAAAACAAGAGGGAGUGUAUGAUGACACGGAGAAACGAAGAGAGAUGGCUAAAAACUCUUUAGAAAGAUACACUCAUUAUUAUGAAAGAUAG